UAUUACUUAGUAAUGUAAUUUACAUAAAGAUAUAUUUAAAUCAUAUCAUACAGGUAACUGCAGCUUUGUAAUGUUGUUUUGUUACAUUGGUAGUUCUUAAUCGUAUGAAUAUUGUAUGCAACUUGCUUAGUGCUAUUGUGGAAUUUUAUUGGGCUAAAAUUCUGAAAAGCUGCAUCCUAUCUUCGUCAAAUAUUCUAGGCCUAUCAUUCGAAAAUCGAGAAAAAAGACUAGGUCAUCGUUACUUGGCAACGGAAUCUUGUUAUUUGACAAAGCAGCAAAACUAUAGUUACGAUAACUGUAGUAAUUAAAUUAAUUUUAAUUAAGAACAAGGUGUAAAGUAACUAGGCAUGGCUGACGACGACCCAGAUUUUGACGGAGAUGACCAAGAUGAAGGCAAUCAAAAUGCUGAGCCAGACCAGAGAGGGCUCGAGGAUAUCCCCGAGGAUGCAGAAGGGGAACAUGUCGAAGAAGAAUCUAUUCUAUCAGAAUACGAUCCUGAUGAUUUCAUAUCGGGAGCAGUCACAUCGCCGCAUUCAACGAUACCAGAAGACAUGUUUGAUUUCGAGUUUUCGUACGGCUAUAACUGCCACAAGUAUUUCAAUCUCUGCGCUUGUGACGACCUGGUUGUGUGCUGGGCAGCCGGCAGCAUCAUCUCUUUUCUGGAUGUCAAUACCAGACAAAUAUGGUUUCGACGUAGCAGUACUGGCGGAUCUGUUGGAAGCAUUGCUUCCUACAGAAAAGAUCCAAACUACCGCAUAGCAAUAGCAGAAGACAGAGAAGGCGAUAUAGCGCCAAUAAUAAUAUUGUACACAUGGCCACAAAUGGAAAUAGAUGCUGUUCUUCGUGACGGCACUACGAACGCAUAUUCUAUCCUCGAUUUCAGUCCUGACGGCGAAUUGUUAGCGUCAGUGGGUAGGGAUCCAGAUUACAAUCUAACAAUUUGGAACUGGAAGCGUCACAAGAUCCUUCUGCGAACUAGCGCUUUCACAUAUGAUGUUAACACGGUCAUGUUUUCACCUUACUGUGAAGGCCAACUCACUACUGCAGGCGCUGCUCAUAUAAAAUUUUGGAAAAUGGCUCAGACUUUCACUGGGCUUAAGCUGAAAGGCGAAUUGGGCCGAUUCGGAAAAACAGAAAUCUGCGACGUACUUGGCGUUUACCCGAUGCCCGACGAAAAAGUACUUUCGGGAUGUGAGUGGGGUAAUAUUUUGGUAUGGGAAGCUGGACUUGUCAAACUAGAAGUUACGCAAAAAGGAAGGAAAGUGUGUCACAGCGCUCCCAUUAUUCAAUUCAUGCUAAGUCCGGCUGGAGAUGAGGUGACAACGAUAGCCCGAGACGGAUGCGUACGCUCAUGGUACUGGGAUUCUGUGGACCAGGCCGACCCACCCGAAGACGACCCUUUCGUUGAACUGAACCCUGUUGCCGAGACUUGUGUGCCAGGUUGCCAGAUUAUGUGCCUCAAACAUCAAAAGGAUAUGUUCUGGUACACCCAAGACGGUAACGGAGGCAUAUGGGUUGUUGAACUGGAUAUCGAUAAAAUAGAGUGCAAUCAUCGUAAAGUGGUGACGUGUCAUGCUGGGGGCAUUGUCGCUAUGGUGGCCAUGAGGACACACCCCAUUCUGAUAACGACCGGAGUCGACGGCGCCUUACAUGCUUACAAUACUAACACACACGCUCUUCUAGCACGAUAUGUCUUCCCGACAGCUGUGACUUGUUUAUUAUAUCCACCUCCGGAAGUAGAUGAAACUUCUCGCAUAAUAAUACUGGGUUUUGCGGAUGGUAUCAUGCGAACUUUACUGCUGUAUCCCGAUCGCCUCCUGGCUCAGGCGACCAUGAUCGACAUCCGAGUCCAUUCUGCCCUGACCAUACACAGCGAAGAUUCUAUUAAUGCUGAUGUAAUUGAUAUGAUAUCGAUGCUGAAACCACAUUCGAAAGCAAUAAAUCAAAUAACAAUAAACCGGCAACGCACAUUACUUGUAACGUGUGGACAGGACAGCACGAUAUUUAUAUAUAAGUUAAAUUUAACAACUCCUUUCUCCCUUGAGAGGGUUGGCUUCAUAGAGACGCCUAAUAAUAUUGCUUUCAUGACUUGGAAACCUGAAGAGGAAAGAGUCAUCUUGUUGUGUGGUCAGGUAGGUCUCAUUAUGGAAGUGGUAUUACCGGAACCUGUCAUCCGUAUGUACGUAAAUAUCAAAACUUUCAAGCUGAAAUUCGAGUCGUACAAAGAAACGUUGGUGAAAAAACAUUUUAUGCGCCGUAGACCUUUUCCAGAGGAAGAAGAUCUUGCUAGUAUCGAUGAGGAAGCUUUGAAAGCCAAAGAAGAAGCUGAAUAUAGAGAUGAAGACGAAGAAGAGGAAUGGAUCGGUGAAAUUGAAUUAAUGGAAAGCGAGAGUAUGUUGGGCACAACAGUCACUUGGGCAGAAUAUUGUGACGACGGUGUCUGGAUUGUCCAGAGAGAAACCGGAGCUUUACUAUUAAUCCAACCGGGUGUUAACAAAAUUCUGAAGUAUGCUCCGUUCCCUGACGCCUGGUGUGAAACUAUGACGGCGUUAAAAUUUGUAUGUGACGACCGUUACCUGGUUGUGGGCACUAAUACAGGAUACAUUCGAGUAGUCCGCAUGCCAUAUGACUAUGAAGACAAUCCUGAACAUCACAGGAAUGUCUGGUUGACAUCGCAACAAAAGCUUCUUAGGAAACUUAAGGGACGAAGACUAGCAAAGGAAGAAACUCAGCCGAUUCCUCGUGUUGACUUAGUAGACUUUUACUAUUUGCCGAUGCAUGAUCGACAUGCGGGCGCCGUGACUUGCUUGGAACUUAGUCAUAAUUCUAAGUACUUUUACACAUGUGGAGUCGAUGGCAAUAUAUUUUCUUACAUAGUUAAAUUUCCAGAACGAUUGUUACCGAAAACAAAGUUGCCGCCACCAUUAGAGUCGCUUAAAGUAGCAAAAGUAAAAGAGCAUAGUACUGUAGAAGGAGAGUUGAUGUCACAUGAACAGUUGAAACAAAAAGAAGAGUAUGAUAAAAUGAUGGCUAUCGCUAACGCACAUAAAAAAAGAGUACGCGAUCAACUGGCCGUGUUGACCACUGAAUAUAACAAGCUUAUUAAGGCGAACCGGGCCCUUCCAGCAUCCCAGCAAAUUGACGUCACCUUAGACCCGCGACCUUUACAAGUACAAGAAAGAGAAUUGGAGGAGGCUAAAGCGCUAACUAAGAGAAAGUUGGCUCACCAGUUGGAAGCUUCCGACUUGGCCCUACACAAGAUGCAUUCCAGAAAUAUUAUUCAACUAGAUGUGUUCCCUUUUACAGUCACAGCUAUUAAAGAUCCUACAGUAAUGUUGAGACCACUACGCCAAAAGAACCUUUCGAAGUUGUUUUACGCUCAACUCGAGGAAGUAUAUCAAAAGAUGGCCGAAGCAGCUCUAAGAGGAAGGCGAACGGAGUCAGUUGUUCGGCGCAUAGCUGGACGGAAGACAUCGUACGGCCCACCGCGAGUUGCAUCGUUCCUUCUCGGCUUGCCACCCAACCCGCCAUACCCUUUAAAGAAAGCGCUCAAAAACUACCACGAACGUUUGAACAGACAUCACUUACAGUUCAUAGAGUGGCAAGAACAUCUUAAUCGCAAGCCUGAUCCAAAUGCGAUGCCUCCCGGCGCAGCUGAAGCCUUGAAAGAAGCAGAGGAAAGCAUUGGCAACCGAAUCUUGAAGACGCAUCCUGAUUACGUAGCACCACCAGGACACAACACACAAAUGCGUGUCUGUCUCUGCAGAAAGGAGAUUUAUGAUGUCAAACGCGAGUUUAACGAGAAAGUGCUUGAACUGAGGGCACACAAAGUUUACUUGGUAAAGUACAUGCAGGAAAUCGGGGAACGACUUGCAGAAAUCCGACUAGAGGUGCCGGCGAAACUUGCAAAGUCCCCACCUCCCAUUCCACAUAUUGAUGAAGAACUAGAGUUCCCGGAGAGACACCUCGAAGUGAAAAUUGAACCAAUAGUUUUGCCAGCAGCAAGAAUUCCAACAAAGAAAGCCCACGGGCAGGCAUCUGAACGCCGCAAAUCCACGGUCAACCAACUUCGAGUGCGACAAUCUCGUGUACCAAGAUUCGUGCCAAUUAACGAAACGCGCCCCUUGGUUGCUACCUGGGAGCUAUUGAGGGGACGACAGGAUCACGAUUUAACGCCUGUAGAACAAGAGCUGCGGGAAAGACGUAUGGAAAGGCAUUUAUUUGAGCAAGAAGUUUUGCUAGCCGACGCAGAGCUAUCAAUUGAAAUGUUCGAUACCCGACUAAAAGAAUUACAAAGAGAACGUAUAAGGGUACAGGAAAAAGAUCAACUUCUCGAAUUACACCUGUACCGAUUGCACAGAGAGAUGAAUGUGUUGAACCGUUUCGAAAUGCACGAGGAUCGCUUAGCCGAAAGAGUUUACGUAAAAUUAAUGCAGGUUCGUGGUGUCCAAGAUCAGAUCAUCGACUGUGAACAUCGUAUUGAGGAGCAUUUGACCACCAAAGAGCAACUAAGCUGUGAAUGCCAAGAGCUUCAGAGGCUGUUCAAAAGACUUGUGCAGGACAAUAAAUUCGCUGACUUCUUGCGUAGGAUUUUUAAGAAGAAGUACCGACCACCCCGUGCUCGCGACGAUGAUGACUCAUCCGAAUCGGAAUCCUCAUCAUCCUCAAGCGACGAAGAAGACGAAGGAAGCUUAGACAGUCGUGACAUUGGCCCUAUUCGUCUGGACCCUAACGUUUGCCCAGAGGGCUGCGAAAAAGAAAUAUUCGAUAAAACAUAUGAUCUGAGAAAUACCAGACACAAACACGAACAAAACAUGAUGGAACAAGACAAAUUGGUUGAGCUCCUUAAGCGUGAUAUAGAGGCUCAUAAUAAAAUCAAGCGCAAACUCUCCGUACAACUGGAACAGAGGAAGAAUGAUCUCAGGGAAUUCAUGUUAGAGAAACAAACCUGCAUGAACGACGUGCACCAAGUGGUAGUCCUCCGGUUCGACCAGAUCAGGGCUGCGGCCAUCCGGGGAUGUACGGGACCUCAGGGUCUGUCGCAGACCGUAGUCUUCCCCGAGGCUUUGUUGCACAGGCUGAGACGACGAGUGCUGGAGUUACAAGAGGAAAUCAAGCAGCAGAAAAUGAGGCAGAAGAUAAACCGUACCCAUUUAUUCCGAAUGAACAUCGACCUUCGCGCUAUGGAGGACGAAGCUCGUGAGUUACGCGCUAUGAUGCGUGACGUGCUGACGCGCAAGCUUGGUAAGCCGCGAAAGGUGGACCGCACCCUCGAUGACUUGCUCCGUCAAAUGGCGAGAAGGCAUAAGUACUCGAUGUCGUAUGGCUCGAUGCCUCACAUUAUCAACCAGCUCAGGACUUGGCGGGAACGACACAGUAAUCUCGAAAUGAAAUAUCUACAAACAUUAAAUGCUUUUUCCGAUCGCCUUCGUCUUGCUGCCGCAUUACAAGCCGAAGUUUUUCCUCAAAAGGUGGCACAAGAUCCAGGUGCAAUAAUGGCAGGUGGUUACGUACCAUCACAAUACCAGCGCGACGUAAUGCGGCUGCUUAUUGUACGAGAACAACAAAAGCAACAAAUAAAGCAAUUAAACGAUGAGAUUGAAAGUCUUCGUAUGAAACCCUUAUCAAAGCAAAAACCACCGACGACAUUCGCAUCUGUGGAAUCGGAACAGUCUGACAUUUACUUGUUCAUGGUUCCUCGGUCGUACAGACAGCAGCGUAUCAGAUAUUUUCCCAUUACACCGCUAGGUUCUCAAGCCAACAUGGUUCAUGACGUAAACAUUACGAAGUUACUCUUUGACUGCUUGGACGCUAUGCGGGUGUCACGCGACGAGGCUAACGAACUUCUCAAAGAUGUUACGGAGCUGCUUCCUGAUGUUUUGGCUGGAUCUUCUUCACGAUAUGACGUGACAGAUGUUAUUGUGAAAAAAUGGCUUCUCAAACAUGGUGGUGAUCCAACUCAGUACAAGAAGCAGACGAGAGCCUUUGAUGCCAUAGCAGCCUUGGUCGACCGCCUAGUCCGACAACAAGUGGAAGCAAUGGAAGGUUCAACAGGAUCCGGUCAAAUAUUAGACGAUUUAGAAGGUGCUCUGAAGGACGUCUCUGAUGAACGCGAACCUCUCGGCGAACGCCUUGGGCCGGCUCUAGCGGCUCUAUUGCAUUCCGCUUACGCCACUGACAUAGAGGAUCCAGAAACUUUGGCGUCCCUUGUAAAAUCACUUACAGAUGACAACCAUCCCAUCACAGCAGCAUCAGUUGAUCGCAUCUGUUCCUUUGAUGUCAUCGAAGAUAUAAAAGACUGCGGUAUCGAUAUGCAGGAAGAUGAAUUGAAAGGAGUCGUGCAAAUAGCAAUAGAUAGCUUGAGAGCUCAAAUUAUUGAGCCAGAAGAAGCUGCUCAAAUUGACGAAGAAGUCGAAAAAGCUAUGGCUAUUAAACCGGAAGAAAAAAGGUAUUCACAAAGCGAAACCCACCGUAAAUCUACACAGAGCUACCAAGGUGCACAAUAUGUUGGCGAGUCUGACCAACGCAAAUCGAUACAAGGUUCGAUAUCAAGUGCUGAACGUAAGAGUUUUCGUAGAUCGUUACAAAGCGAUGUCACAGCUGCCUGCUCAUCAUACUCGUACAACGGAUCGGAAACAAAGCCGGGUGUCUAUAGUACCUCGUGA